AUGGCUUAGAAGUUUCUAUCGAAGAAAAUUAUUUAUUUAUUUAAUAAUAAUUAAAAAUUCUGGUUAAUCAUAAUGAGAAGUUAAUCUAAUAAAAAAAAGGAAAGUAAAUAGUCUUUGAAUGAAGUUCAGAAAUUAGGAGAAGAUGAAAAUGUUGUAUGUGUAGGAUGAU